GAGGAAUCAUCGGACAGACCGGAAAUCGGCGCUGUCCGCUCCGUCACGGUACAAGCCGAUGGGCAAUGGCACGAGCACCGAGCGGCGGCUUCGUAACCCCGGCAGCUUCGAACGGCUUCACAGACUUUGCAAGGAUGUUUUCCCUCAGCAACUCGAAGGUGUGAAACUCAUCAUCAACAAACAUCUCAGCAGCCACUUCCAGGCUGCACAUACAAUCCACCUGAGCUCAAUGUCACCGCAUUACCAUUUCAAGGCAAUGUACUCAGGAGAUCAACAGGCGGACUCUAAUGAGAGCUUCCCACAGGCCCUGGGAGAAGUGGACAGCACAGGCAGUUUGAACGCUCAGUGUGUCGCCUUGUUGGCUAGUCGGAUCCGAGCCAAGGCUGCCUUCCAGACCCAACAGGAGCGCUUCCAGACGUGGCAGUUUGACACGGAGUAUCGGGGUGACUCCUUCACUGCCACUAUCACCCUUGGCAACCCCGACAUCAUCAGUGAAUCUGUCAUCCUGGUUGCACACUUCCUACAGAGUAUCACCCAUAACCUGGUGCUGGGUGGUGAGAUGGUCUAUCAUCGCAGGCCAGCAGAGGAAGGAGCCAUCUUCACCUUGGCUGCAAAGUACACCACCUCUCAUUGGGUUGGGACAUUGAACAUUGGUCGAGGGGGUGCCCAUGCUAGUUACUACCAUCAAGCCAACGAUCAGGUUCAGGUGGGGGUGGGCUUCGAGGCCAGCACCCAGACCCAGGACACCACUUUCUCCUUCGGGUACCAGCUGGACAUCCCCAAGGCAAACAUGGUGUUCAGAGGUUCCUUGGACAGCAACUGGGUGGUGGGAGGGCUCCUGGAGAAGAGGCUGGCUCCCUUGCCUCUGACCCUUACCCUCGGCGCCUUCAUUGACCACUUGAGAAAUAAGUUGCAGUACGGCUUCACAGUGACGGCCAGUGACAGUGAUUCCAAUCCUCGUGUGGAGGGUCUCCCUCGACCCAGGAACGAAAAGGCCCAAUAUCUGGGAAAGGCAGAGGAGGAUGUCGACAUUGACCUGAAUGCACCAGAGACGGAGAAGGCAGCCCUGGCCAUCCAGGGCCAGUUCCGCAAGUUCCAGAGGAGGAAGAAACCCGGGCCUGCUUCGUAGGCCCAUCAUCAGAGGCAACCGUGGCUGAAGAAGUCAGUGACAUUCAGCUUGGUCAGCAUAGGCAAGCUCAGAAAUAAAAGCAAGAAGUGCUUUCUUA